CUCAGAAGCCAACCGGCGGUCGAGUUUUCCGAUGCGCCAGCGGCUCCACUCUCUCUCUCUCUCUCUCUCUCCGGGCUCGGUCACCUGCGACGAGCACGAAGGCCGUAAGCCCUGGCAGAACGAGGCUGGAAGGCUUCAUCUUUCCGACAGCGAAGCCGAUCGACGCCCGCUCGGCCGUUUGUUUAGGAGACGCCGUGAUUCGAUAUGAAUUCGAACUUGGAUGAAGUGGAAUGCCCGGAUGACAGCAGAGGCUUGGAUUUUGUUGAAAAAGAGUUGGAAGCUUGUAGGCUUAGCGCAGGCAUGGAUAGGGGUGAGAGUGUUGAAGAGAGAAUUGCGAGGUUGGAAUUGGAGAACCGGAAAUGGAAGAGUGAUUAUGAAGCGCUCGAGGAUAAAUUCAAGGCAUUAGAAGCUGAGAAGCAGGCUAUUGAGCGUGAAGUUGUGGUUUUGAAGCAAAAGAACAGCGAGAUCAAGGAACGAAUUUCAGGCUUCGAAUGGACGGAUGGUGAAUUUGCUAAUGAACUUGCACAUGGUGUGAGCAGAAGAAAGGAAAUGGGCAAUCUCAAGGAGUCAUGUGGUGGACAUUGGGAUGCACGGAUGGUGGAUCUGGUUGAUGUGGGCUCUGGUUGCAAAUCAUGUGGUAAAGAAGCUGCACAUUUGAAAGUUUCAGGUUCUCCUCCAAACUUUACAAUGCAAAGUAAUUCUUGUGAUGUUAAAGGCGAAAAAGAAGUUGCAUGCCUACACUACGGCAGGAGAGCUAGGAAAAAGUUACUAUUCAAAGAGGAGGAAAGCCCCAGCAGAAAAAUGGCUUCAUCUACUCCUGGAGUUGCCAAACCCCACGCUGUUGGCAUUAUUGACAUCCAUGAUAGUGAUGAAGAAGAAGAUAAAACUAACAACGAAACGCAUGCUCUUAACAAUCAGGAAAAUUCAAAGGGUUUGGAUUUAGAUUACCGCUCAUAUAAGGGGAUUCCAGAGGGUGGAAAAGCAAUGACUAUUGAGAACAGUGCAAGGACCAGUCACGAAGAGGACUACAAUGACAGUAUAGCUGGUGAUGAAGAUAACUCUGCUGUACUGAUUCCAAAAAGGAAACGGGCUUUUAAUGUUAUCGAGACUGAUAGCGAGAGUGGUGACGAUGAUUGUGUUCCAAUAGGUAGGCUAAAGAGGAUGCAUCUUCAGGAAUUAUAUAAACCUGGUACUACUUGUGAAAUGAAUCGGUGCCAAAGAGCUAAUACUUCUCCAGACAACCAUGUCGAACAUGCUCAGACCCCCGUGAGGCGGCACCUAAUGACAUUGAGGGAACGUGAGGCUAAAGCGAAGGCAAAACGAAAAUCAUCCAGCGGAGUUCAGCAUCAUCGUGCAGGCCCUACCACCGAAGAUGCUGAGGAUGACGAUUCUGAAGAUUUUGGAUUAGACAGUGAUAACGACAGCUCGAGCAGCUUUAUAGUUGCUGAUUCUGAUGUUUCUCAUGCCGAUGAUGCUUCUGAUGGGGAUGGUGCUUCUGGUCAGUCAGAAGAUACAUCUGAUGGUGAAACGGACUUUGGCGAGAUUUUAUCGAGAAUUAAAAGAAGCAAAGAUCAUAAGUCUGAGUGGAAAUUUGAGGCAGACAUGCUUGCAGCAUUUGGUAAGGAACCUGAGUUGUGCAUGAAAGCUGUAUGUGCUCUCUAUCGACAGCAAACUGCUGAUGAGAAAAUUAGUAAGGAAGCAUUCUACAACAAUCAACGUGGGUUUAGCAAGUUUGAUGCACCCAGGGGCUGCUCUCUGGGUGAGUUUCUUACUGACGGAGAUGCAUCUGGUGACCUAACGAAGUCGGUUGAGGAGUUACAGGAGCAUGACCCUGAAGCAUUAGAUCUCUGCCGGAAAUUGGCUGAUCACUACUCUAAACAGCUGUUUCAGAUCUACAAGAACAAUGAGGACCCUUUUUUCUUUCCUUCUUGAAGCCUGUUUCGAUGCCAAUGAAGAAGUUAGAGGACAUUUCGCCGUUCGGACAAAGAUUUUCCUAACUCUUUGUGCUUUGAGUUGAACCAGAGUGCGAGUCUUGUGGAAAUUAGACGGAUAUGUAUAGGUUAGAUAUUUGCUUUAAAAAGCACAGGGGCUGUAUAUAUGUGCUGUGUCAUGUAUAUAUGGAAGUUGACAGUAUGUAUGCAUCGAUGGCGUAACGUAAGAUCAAAUUUCUUAA